AUGAAAUUUAUUUUUUAUUACUCGGAGUUGAAAUGUAUUAAAUUGAAGAAUAAAAAAGCAAACAAUACAAAGGAAAUACAUAUUAUUGUGUUGAAUAAAUGUGAAAUCGAUUACAUUAAGUGUCAUGAUGGUUUAGAAGCUACAUUAGUUUCAAUGAAAAAUUGCGAAAAACCAACAGUUGGGAAUUUGAAGAAGAAAAGGCCGAAAAGAAGUCCCAAAAUUGCAAAAACGUCAAAGAAUAAUAUAACCUUAAAAUCACGUAGGAAUAAAAUUCCUUUGAAAUCAAACAAAAUCGACUAUAGUAAACUAUAUUUUGGACCGCAGAGAAGAGAUAUUUCUGAAGAUAUUGUAGACGAGGAGGAGGAAGGAAGUGGGAAUUUAAGUGGAGAAGUAGUUGAGGAAUUAAAUGUUAGUGUUAAAGGUAAUUUAGGUGGAGGUGAUGGAGAAAUGAUGUCUUUUAAAGUAGAAGGGGGAGAUGACAAAUUUUUAGAAGAACAAGAAUUUAAUGAUGGGAACAUCGAUGAUGAAGUGAGUAUUGAUGAUGGCUCAGAUGAUGAAGCCAGUGAUGACGUUAGUGAGAUGAAUGUAAGUCUACAUAUAAAACAAGAUCUAAAAGACAGCAAUGAAGAGGAACCAGAAGUGAUUGCUGGAUCUGAUGAAACUAAAUUAGAAGAUAUAACGGAUCCAAAAACACAAGAUUUGCCGCCUGGACCCGGUCAAGUGGGCACGAGUGUAGAAGAUGACGGAAACGACAUCGAAAUACAGAAUGCUGAAGUAGAAGAUUCAACAGAAUCGGAUGAUGUCAAUAAAGAAGUGGAGACACCAGAGACACCUGACAGCAGUGAUUCAGACGUAAAUACACAGGACAUAGAAAAUGGGGAUUGUCCAACGGAAUGUCCAGCUCGUGACGUCAUGGUGUGUGCUCGAUGCCGAGCGGGAGUCUACAGAACGUUUCUAAGCGUCUGCCAUCUUAGACAGUUUAGUUGUAAUCAUCCUGAAAAGAAAUUGGAACUAGUGGCACGUCGGCCGUGUGUCUUGUCAGCGCCAUUUUUAGCUGGAAUGAAGACAAAAGGCAGACAGAAAGAUCCGAACGACGAAGAUGUAGUCUUAAAGUAUAUACGAUGUAGAGAGAAAGGGAAUACUAAUGAUCCAAAGUGUAAAUUUGCGAAAGUUGACAAACCUCGAUUACGUAGGAAAAUAUAAAAUUCAAGAUAGAAAUGUGUAUUUUUCAUUCUAAUCCCAAUCCUAUUAAAUCCUGUUUUAAGGAUAAUACAAAAACUAGAAUCAAGAGGUAAACAUUUACUAUAUAAAAAAUCGAAAUGAACCACCCUGUAGUAGUAGUAAACAAUUGUAACGUUUAACAAAAUUGUACAUAACACAGAUUGAUUUUUUCUCACAAAUAAAACAUUUUCCCUUCAUAAUACAAAAAUUACAGGACAUUUGUACACAAAAUUCUCAGUUUUGUCAACGAGAACAAAGAAGAAUAUAACAAUUAGUUAGUCACCGCCAAAAAUUACAUAAAAUCACAAGACAAUAUAAAGGAUGUUUAAUCUUAUCGAAUAAUUUUAACAUCUAACACGACUAAGACAAAAGUUAUCCCUUACCUAAUACCUUCUAAAGGUAGAAAAUCAGUCACAAUAGAAGCUCAGUCUGGCUAAUCCAGAACUUCAUAGAGGCGGAGAAG